AUGAGGGCUAUAAAUAUUCAAUCUAUUGGGCAUCUCACUGAAUUGGAGGAGAUUAAUUUGUCACAUAACCUUGCGUCUGGUGAACUCCCUGGGUGGAUAUUUAAUGGUCUUGAUCAUCUGAGAUAUCUUGACUUGAGCCAAAACAAUCUGAGUGGGCCAAUUCCUGAGUUUUUUCUCCCCAAUCUCACUGAUCUGCUGAUUUCUGACAACAGGUUCUCUGGUCCAAUCAAUUCAGCGAUAUUCACCAGGCUAAAGAACUUGGAAGCCUUGAUAGCUAAUGAUAAUGAACUCAGCGGAACAAUACCAGAGGAUUUGGGUUCUAUUCCUACCCUCAGGUCUCUGCACCUGAGCAAUAAUAAACUGGUUGGCAACAUCCCCCGAGAACUUUUUGUUAAUGCCCAAUUGCUAAGUAUAGACUUUUCUUAUGAUUAUUUGGAGGGCACAAUUCCAGAAAGCAUUUAUAAAUGCAAGUAUGCCAAGGAAAUUAUUGUAUCGAAUAAUAGACUCGCUGGGAACAUCAGUUCCAAAGUUGGGCACUUGUCCGAGUUGGAAUAUUUUGAAGCAGAUGACAACCUUCUUCAUGGUGAUAUUCCACAGGAGCUGGUGUACUUGCGAGAUGUGAAUUUGGCUUACAACAAUCUUAGUGGAGAAAUACCCAAAGAAAUUGGCUUGUGUUCCAACCUCCAAAUUGCCUUGAAUCGCAGUCAUGGUUCUCUAGAAGGGAAAAUUCCUGUAAAACUUUCUGAUUUGACCAGAUUAGUGUCUUUUGAUCUUUCACAUAACAGGUUCUCUGGAGAAAUUCCUGAGUCGUUAGAACAGAUGCAAAGUUUGGCAGGGUUUGAUGUUUCAUACAAUCAGCAGCUCACAGGCACCUUACCACAUUUCUGCAAGGCCACUGUCAUCAACAUUAAUGAGACAUCUGUCUCUGUACCUGUUGAGGGAGUAUCGUUUGCUGCUAGGAAACAUAUAAAUAAGGCUAACGGCAUUACAGUAGCUGUCGCAGGGCCUACUAUUGCCUUGAUUGCAAUUGGAAUCACUUUGAUGUCACACAAAUACAAGAGCCUGAAAUGUCUGCAUGAAACAGCAGAAAAGCAAGAGCCUUCAAUAAUACAGUGUCAUCUUAUCGAUCCACAGAGUAUACACAGGGAAAGCAUUGAUUUUGAAAAAGCCCUGAAAGCCACAUUGGACCCUGCAAAUGUUAUCCUGAAAACCAAUUUGCAUACAUAUUUCAAGGUUCUGAUGCCUUGUGGAACUGCCUACACUGUAAAGGAAUUCAAUUGGAUCAUGGAUGAAGCUUUAGAGGGAGUGAGCUGCAACAAAGUUGGUUCAGAGCUCCAGAAGCGGGGCAAAUUAAGCCACCCAAACAUUAUGAUGCCAUUAGCAUAUGCUUUGAAGAAUGACUUGACUAUUCUUUUGUAUGAAGAAUGUUUUCUCUCUGCAAUUGUUGGAUCAAUUGGAUACAUCCCUCCUGAGUGUGCCUACACAAUGAAAGUAACACUUGCCUGUAAUGUUUACAGCUUCGGUGUUGUUUUGCUGGAACUGUUGACUGGGCGGCCUCCCACAAUAGAUGGAAUGGUACUUGCACAGUGGGUACAGUGGACUCCUUCGAGGAAUGAGAAUUGGGAACAAAUUCUUGCUCCAAGGGUCACUAAAUCUUCCUUUCAAGAAAGGAAUUGCAUGAUGUCUGUUCUAAGAAUAGCUCUGGCCUGCAUCGAUACUUCUCCAGCUGCCAGGCCUAAAAUGAAAAUUGUAGUGGGAAUGCUUCAAGGUUCAGCACAAACUUAA